AUGACAGACAGGAAUGCGGCGCCGCCACAAGACCCAGACCGAAAACCCGGCGGUGAUGGCAGCACCACCACCAGCAACAGCCACGGAGGUGGAGGAGGUCAGAGGCCGCUGCGGCCCGCCAUGAUCAUGGCCAUCCGAGGCGACGAUGGCGGGGCAAGCCCCAAGAGCGGGCCUACGAAGGUCGUAUCCAUUGAAGAGCCCAAGCUCUCCCCACCAAUGCAACCCCUCGACACACCACCCAUAAAACAAUUCACCGCAGGCGUCGGCAAGCGACUCACCGGUCGCCCCACGCCCUCCUCCUUCAGCAACUCCUCCAAGAACUCCCUCGUCAGCCAGGCGAGCCAAGAGGACAUCCCGAGGCUGGCUAUGAGGGGGAACGAGAAUAACAGCCCUACCACCGCCCGCAGAGAAUCACAGGACUCGUGCCUGAGCACCAUCUCCCUCGAAGACUUGCAAUCGAUCCUCGAAGACAGUAAAGUGAAAUCCACAUACCGCCCCAACCCAGAGAGCCCUGUCAUCCGCCCGCGCCGACCCUCCUACUCGUCGCGCAAGUACACGUCGCGCCGCUACUCCGUCAAUGCUUCCUCGGACACGGAGUACUUCGAUGGAGACGUCAUAGUCCCCAGCUGCGACGUCGUCCUCGAUAACUCCAAGACCCUCAGCUACGCCUCCGGCACCACAACACCCACCACCUCCGGCCGCCGCGCAGACAAAGAGGCACAGGUGUGGGUUACUUUCAAAUCGGAGAUCCUGAGACUGGCACACACACUCCGUCUUAAGGGAUGGCGUCGCGUCCCCCUUGACAGCGGCGCAGACCUCGAGGUCGAGCGCCUAAGCGGCGCCCUCACAAACGCAGUCUACGUCGUCUCCCCCCCCGCCCUCCCCUCGGACCCGACCAGUAAAUCGAAAGCCCGCCCCUCCAAACUCCUCCUCCGAAUCUACGGCCCACAAGUCGAGCAUCUUAUCGACCGCGACGCGGAGCUCGGCAUCUUGAGCCGACUCGCGCGCAAGAAGAUCGGCCCGAGAUUGCUGGGGACGUUUAGGAAUGGGAGGUUCGAGGAGUACUUCAUAUCCACCACUCUCACGCCCAGGGACCUCCGCGAUCCGGAGACGUCGAAGCAGAUCGCUAAGCGCAUGCGGGAAUUGCAUGAUGGGAUUGAGCUCCUGGAGACGGAGAGGGAUGAAGGGCCGUUUGUGUGGAGGAAUUGGGAUAAGUGGGUUGAGAGGUGCGAGCGUGUGAUUAGUUUCCUGGAUACGUAUCCCGAGACGGGGGAUGGCGGGAAGAAGGUGCCGGCGUGGAGGGAGAGGGGGUUGGUGUGUGGGGUGGAGUGGUCGGUGUUUAGGGGGAUGGUGGAGAGGUAUAGGGGGUGGUUGAAUGAGAAGUAUGGGGGGGUGGCGGGGUUGAGGGAGAAGUUGGUGUUUGCGCAUAAUGAUACCCAAUACGGCAACAUCCUCCGCCUCCUCCCCACCACCGAAUCCCCCCUCCUCCUCCCCGCAAACACCCACAAACAACUCGUCGUCAUCGACUUCGAAUACGCCUCCGGCAACACCCCCGGUCUCGAAUUCGCAAACCACUUCACAGAAUGGUGCUACAACUACCACGAACCCUUUACCCCCUACCUCUGCAACACCAAAUCCUUCCCCACCCCCGCCGAGCAACGCCGCUUCAUCCGCGCCUAUCUCAACCACCGCCCGCAAUUCUCGGGCUUUGCAUCCGCCUCCGCGACACCCAAGGUGGCGCCGGUUGGGUAUGCGGAGGAGGAGCAUAGGAGGAUUGCGGAUGUGGAACGCAGGGUGGAUGAGCUGAUGGUUGAGGCAAGGUGGUGGAGAGUCGCGAAUUCAGCGCAGUGGGUUGCGUGGGGGAUUGUGCAGGCGAAUAUCCCGGAGCUGGAGGAGUAUGAUGCUGCGUGUCGGACGGCGAGUGCUGGUGCGCCGCGGGUGAGGUGGGGGAGAUGGAGAAGUUGGAUUUGGAGGAUGGUGCGGGUGAGGAGGUGGAGGGGGGGAAAAGGGGGGAAUGUGGAGGGCGAGGAUAAGGAGGAUGAUGAGUUUGAUUACGUGGCGUAUGCGCAGGAUCGGGCGAUGUUCUUCUGGGGGGAUUGUGUGGCGUUGGGGCUGGUGAGGUUGGAGGAUUUGCCGGAGAAUGUGCAGGAGGCGGUUAAGAUUGUGGAUUAUUGAGUGGUGAUGGGGUGGGCGCUGGUGGAUUUGUCGGGGCAUGUGGUGGG